AUGUGGGUCGACGUCCGCAAUAAUUUAAAACGUUAUGGUAUUACGAUGGAGACAGACCCUGCCAACACCGACUCCGGGACACCUGCUCAGCCACUGCAGCUUUGCGUGCCUCACCAUGCGCGUUAUUUGGAGCACCGCAAUGUGCUCCGGCAGUGGCUUCUUGACCCGACCACGCAAUAUGUGGGAAUGCGAUUACCGCUUUGCGAUCGCCGCCCUGCUAAAUAUGCUGGAUACCAGUGA